CUAUUUUAUCAUGGGUAUAUUUGAAAGAGAUAUAAAUUCAAAUGAUAGGGAUGCCGUUUCUGUUUACUUCCAAUUGCUUAUUCUGGUUACCUGUGACGUGUCAUAGAGAAAAUCAUGCUAUGACAUUAAAUUCUCUAUUUAUUGUGGAAAAUGGAUAUGGGGCCAUGUCCAAAGGACAGAGAGUUGGAAGAUGCUAUUGACAGGCUCAUUGUUGAGUGUGAUAGGAAAAUUGGUAGAGCUCUCAAGCGUCUUGAAGAUGAGGAAGCAAAAGCCGCUAUUGCUAUACAAGUCUCUGAAGUUACUCAGACACCAGAAGUAUUAGAGCUUUCAAAGCAGAUUAAGGAGAAAUUGAAAGAAGUUGAUCAAUUUGGCAAGACAGAUCUUAAAAUACGAGCUCUAGAAGAAGUAGAAGAGCUUAGAACUAAAAGAGUGGAUAAACAGUCAACACUGCUUUUGGAUGCAUUCAAUAAAGAUCGGGCAUCUUUGCCCCAACCAUUGCCAAACCCUCCAUAUUCGGCACCACUGCCUGUGCCUGCACCUGAUCCUUGGACCCAGGAAAUGAUAAAUGAGAAACUGAAGAAAGCUGAGGAUCUUGGUGAGAAGGAGAUGGUAGAUGAGGUACAAAAAGCGUUAGAAGAAGCACUCAAGAAGCUCUCUGCCAGACAGGAGACUGUUCUGGAUUCCUCAAAGUAUACUGCUGUUGAUGUUUGCAUUGAAGAGAGCAACAAGAGCCGCAAAUGCAGACUUGACUGGUAUAAUGACAGGAGGUAUAGUGAUCGAGAUUGGUGGUGUAUAGAUCGAAAGAAAGGAGCAGAGAUCAUGAGAGAGAGUCAAGUCGGGACCAAGACCAAGGGAAUAGCCAUGCGAGGGAGGGAUUAUGAUUGUAGGAGCAGAGAUUGUGACAGGUAUAGUGAUCGAGAUUGUGAUAGGGAUUAUGAGCGCUCUUGGACUUAUGAUUCUAGAAGUUGCCAUAGGUCACGUUCAAGGUCUAGGGAACGCUCCAGGGAUCAUGAUCACCACAGGUACUUGCUUAACAAUACCCCAUGCUUGUACAACAUAUUAUUAGUUUUGUUUAGUGAUCAUUUUUUAACUUAUUGAAUGUGUAAUAUAAUGUAAUAUUUGUUUUCUAUUAUUGUAAAAUGUGCCAACCUGAGUCUUUUACCAUUCUUUUCAAAUUUAAUGUUGAACUUUAGCUAGUAUUUGAGUCCAAGAAGCUUAAUAUAAGAUAAAAGCCAGG